CGCUGCUUCUGUGACUUCGGCUCAAUCUGCUGUCCUUCUCUGGAACGACUCCAUGAAGAAGCCACGUGCUGCUGUUCUGCUGCUGGAGAUGGCGGGAGAUAAACACAGAUAACCGAAGGGAAAGAGUCAAUCGUCGGCCUUGCGUCAAGGCAAAAAAAGUUGUUUUGUGACUGAAGUUUCAUCCUAAUAAAAGUGUUUGACAAGUGAACUUGAACAAUGGCGUCCUACAGCCCUGUGGCCACGCACGAAGGGGCCAACGGGGGCCCGCCGUCCGUAAAAUCGGAAGCCUCCGAGGAGUCCAUGAAGCUGAAGAAGGAGAUCUCCCUCCUGAACGGGGUCUGUCUGAUUGUGGGGAACAUGAUCGGCUCGGGCAUCUUCGUGUCCCCUAAAGGCGUCCUGAUCCACAGCGCCUCCUACGGCCUCUCCCUGGUGGUGUGGACCAUCGGAGGGAUCUUCUCCGUGUUCGGGGCGCUGUGCUACGCCGAACUGGGGACCACCAUCACCAAGUCUGGAGCUUCCUACGCCUACAUCCUGGAGGCCUUCGGAGGGUUUCUGGCCUUCAUCCGCAUAUGGACGUCCCUGUUGAUCAUCGAGCCGACCAGCCAGGCGGUCAUCGCCAUCACCUUCUCCAACUACAUGGUGCAGCCCAUCUUCCCCACCUGCAUAGCUCCGUACGUGGCCAACAGGCUCCUGGCUGCUGCUUGCAUAUAUGCGAUCAUAAAAGUUUUUAUCUCUGCUCUUUGUCUCCCUCUGCUGUUUGUUUCUGUGAACUGCAGGAACCUGCCUCUGGCCAUUGCUAUCUCCAUGCCCAUCGUGACGGUGAUCUACAUUCUGACCAACGUGGCUUACUACACCAUCCUCCCCAUCAACGCCAUCCUAGACAGCGAUGCUGUGGCUGUCACGUUUGCAGAUAAGGUGUUCGGGGUGAUGAACUGGACCAUCCCCUUCGCUGUGGCUCUUUCUUGCUUUGGUGGACUGAAUGCCUCUAUCGUGGCUGCAUCCAGGCUGUUCUUCGUGGGCUCCAGAGAAGGCCACCUGCCCGACUUCCUGUGCAUGAUCCAUGUCCACCGCUACACCCCCAUCCCGGCCCUGCUCUUCAACGGAUUCAUGGCUCUUAUUUACCUGUGCGUAGAGGACGUCUUCAGGUUGAUCAACUACUACAGCUUCAGCUACUGGUUCUUCGUUGGUUUGUCUAUUCUUGGGCAACUUUAUCUGCGCUGGAAGCAGCCGGACAGAGAGCGACCACUAAAGCUCAGUCUGUUCUUCCCCAUCGUGUUCUGCUUCCUCACCGUCUUCCUGGUGGUGGUACCUCUGUACAGCGACACCGUCAACUCCCUGAUCGGUAUCGGCAUCGCCCUCUCAGGCGUGCCCGUUUACUUCCUCUGCUGCUACACUCCAGCCUACAAGAGGCCCAUGUGGCUGCGCAGCUUCAUCGCGAAAUCUGGGAUUCUGAUUCAGAAGGUUUGUUACUCAGUUCUGACUGAGAUGGACGUGGACAAAGUCGAAUGAAGACGUUCAGUUUUUUUCCAUCCCGACGAGUCUCAGCCUGAACUCCUCUCCUCCACCUGCUGCUGCUAACCAGAAACCAAAGGACCAACGUUUAGGUUGGAAUUGGACCCGACUCGUACUUCUGUGACAAUCAUCACUCGGUGAUCGGGAUUUCUUCACAGACCAAAGACGAUUUAAACUGCAGAAGUCGACACCUGUUUUUAUUUCACAAAAAAUAUAUAUAUUUAAGUGAUAAACCAAGCAUUAUGUGUAAAAUACAGUUUGUUUGUUUUUGUGCUAAUUAUUGUUAAAUUGUUUAAGCAUCUUUAAAACUGAAAGCACUGCUGACUGUAGAAACCUUCUUGUUUGCACAUAAAAAAACAAAGCAAUGGAAAACGAUGCAACUCCACAUUCAACUGUGUGUAUAGAAGUUUAUAAAAUGUGUUCUAUUUUCAGCUGUAAGGUCUGCUGAAGUAAA